UACCCUUGCACUGGAAUUUGAAAAUCCUUCCCACAAACAUAUACCAGUAGGACCUGCUGGUUUUGAAUGAUCUUGGGAGGGAGGAUGACAGAAGGGCGGGCUGUGAACACUAGGGAAGCCUAUUAAUAAGCAUGUGGAAAAGUAUUGGUGUUUGCUUACUAAUGAGGUGCGCGGGGAACCUCCCCAGGCUGCUACUCUGCCUGCAGGAACCGGCAGGGACGAGGCUGUGGCAGCACAUAGAGAUCAGACGGAGCCACUGAGCGCUGACUUCAGGGGGAGCAGCAAGAGCAUCACCUGCUCUCUGCUGCCGAGGGCUCUGAAGCAAGUUCAGGGGGCUCCAAGAGCUACAGAGGAGCAAGAGGAGGCAGUGGUGGUGUGAUGAAAAGGAGCCAUCUGCUAAACAUGAGUGGCUGCCAAGUCAGAUGACUUGAGCAGGAGCAUGAGAGCGGUCUUGAGGAUAGCAGGACACCAGGCUGGCUAAGGAAAGAUGAGUCAGACUGGGGAGAACAAGAGCAACUGGUUGAGGAAAAGCAGGAUGUGGUUGUGAAACAGGGAGCUGGUAGAAAUACUGUUGGGUGACAGGUUCCUAUUUGCUCCGGGACAUGGUAAUCUUUAGCUUGGAUCACCAGGAGGGGACAAAAACAAGAACAGCUGGCCUGCCGAAGGAGUUGCUGGAGACUGUUCUGGCUCACAUCUGAUUGCUGCUGCUGCAAAGCCCCAGCCAGCCAGCCGCAAUGUACUGCCUUCAGUGGUUGCUCCCUGUCCUGCUCAUACCCAAGCCCCUCAACCCAGCGUUGUGGUUCAGUCACUCAAUGUUCAUGGGCUUCUACCUGCUCAGUUUCCUCCUGGAACGGAAACCUUGCACGAUUUGUGCCUUGGUCUUCCUGGCAGCUCUAUUCCUCAUCUGCUACAGCUGCUGGGGGAACUGCUUCUUGUAUCACUGCACAGGAUCCCAGUUGCCGGAAUCAGCUCAUGAUCCUAGCAUAGUGGGCACCUAGAAAACAAUAAACUUCCAGUCUGCUGA